AUGGGGCUCCUGGCAGCGGAGAGCAGCUCGGCCUUUGUCCGGCAACAGCACCAUAGGAGACAGUUUGUAGUCGACUUCAACUGGACUUCGAUUGUUCCAUCGCAGGACUUGCAGUACCACGCCUGCUACAAUGGCUACAAAUGUGCCCGCCUCCAGGUUCCUCUCGACUGGGCCAAGGCCGCCGCCGCGGCACCAUUUCGGGCCUGUGGGGGCAAUAACAAUAGCUCGUCCUCUUCCGACUCGUGGGCAGCCAUUGCCAUCAUCACUCUCCCGGCAACGGUCCCCGACACGGACCCGUCCUUUGGCGGCACCGUGCUCAUCAACCCGGGGGGGCCCGGCGGCUCUGGCACGGGAAUGGCCCUCGAUUCCGGAGUCUACCUGCGCGGCAUCCUCGACGCGGAAGACCGGCACUACGAAAUCCUCGGCUUCGACCCGCGCGGCACGGCGCUCAGCACGCCCAGCGCAGAGUGCUACAGCGACAGCAACGGCGUCAACCGCCUGGCCGACGCCGUCCAGCAGGGCGGCAUGCCUCCGGUGACUGCCGGCAACGUCGGCUUGAACCUGCACUUCCAGGCCGCCAAGGGCGGGAGCAGCGUCUGUGCCGAACACGAAGCCGCCGCCGGACCGGCCAGCAUCUUUUCCCACAUGUCCACGGCUUCGGUUGCACGCGACAUGCUGGAGAUUGUGGAGCGCGCCGAGGCACUGAGGAGUCCAGGUUCUGGCUGCCGAAAUCAGACCAAACCCGCUCGUCUCCAGUACCUGGGGUUUUCGAUGGUUCUUGACGGCAUUGUUGAUGCCCAAGAUUUUCUCAGCGGCAGCUUAUUCCAAAACUUGAACGAUGCCGAGGUGGUUGUCGACCGCUUCUACCAGACCUGCUUCCAAGCAGGCUCCAGCGCAUGCCCGCUUCGCCAAGAGGCCGACAUGAGCGCCGCAGACAUUCGAAGCCGCGUCGACGCUUACAUCCACUCUCUCGAAGUCGAGCCCCUCUCGGCCGUGUUCGACGGCCGGACCCGGCUCGUGACGUCGCUCGUCGUGCGCGACGCAAUCCGCGCCAUGCUGUACACGCCCAUCUGUUCGUACGCAAACUUCGCCGCCGCGCUGGCUGGCUCUAUGCUCGCGGGGAACCACACGCUGCUCCUCGGCGGCGGCAACUUCUGCCAACCACCGCCCCUAAACCACACCGAGGUUGGCGGUUACGCGUGGGCCGACGAGGCCGCCAUGGGGGUGCUCUGCGGCGACUCGGCCUCCGCCGCAGGCCGUCGCGACAACGCCUCCUUCGCCACCGACAUCGUCAGCUUCCUGGUCAAGCAGUCGCCCACCGUCGGCGAGUCGUGGCUGCGCCUCCCCGUGUCGUGCAGCGGGUGGACGUUUCAGCCGCCCUACACGUUCAGGGGCCCGUUUGGGAGUGCUGUCCCGUUUGGGAGUGCUGUCGGCAACGGCAGCAGCGGCGGCGGCGGCAACAACAGCAGCAGCAGCAGCAGUCCGAUGCUGAUGCUCUCGACCCGCCACGACCACGCCACGCCGCUGGCAAACGCCUACGCGCUGUCGCAGGCGUACGGUGGGUCGGCGGUCGUGGUCCAGGAAUCCUUCGGACACACGGCCUUGCUAACGGCCACCAGCGACUGCACUGCGGGCAUCGUGCGCGAGUACUUCAAGUCUGGCAUGCUUCCGGCGAACGGUACGGUUUGUGAGCAGAACGCCGACUGUGAGCCGGCAAUUCCGUUCAAGGCCUGCCCGGGCUUUAGCGAGUAUGGCUUAUAA